CCAGUUCCUGGCCUUGCCCAAACGUUCGAGUACAAGCGCCACGUCACGAAGACGUCAGCAGCCCGGGGAAAGAGCUGUCCGCGGUGCUGAAUCCCUGGGCAGCUCGUUGACAGGAGCCGAGAGGAGGGGCAGAGCCGCAAGAGUAACAGCACGCCAGCAACAGAUGGCCUCCGGUAUUACCAAAGUGGAUAAGGCGGCGUGCAUAGCCUGCUUCUGUCAGCUUCGAGUAAAAGGAAGUAGCGUCUUCGGUGUCUAUGCAUAGGCACUGUGCAAACUGUUGUCGGAACGAUGAAAUGAAGAACGGACAGUCGGGUUGGAAUAAAAGGCUAUUUUUUUUACUGUUCUUGAAGACCCGCAAGACUAAUGAGAGAGAGAGGGAAACAAAAGAGUGACGGAUCAAACAAGCAGAGCCAAGAUAAUUCAAAUCUUGCACCGAUCUGCCGUAAUAAAAUCUGCCUUCACCUUCUUGCAUUUGUAGCGUACAGACCGGCGGGUGGGUAGCUCAGGGACUCGACACCACAGAAGAAGAAAUAGCGAGUCACUCUCGACCACCUGGGCGCGCUGUGUUCGCUUUUGUGAAGGGGUUGGGGGAGUUAAUUGUGCGUACUUGUGUGUAUUUCUUUCUUGUCUCCAACUGUGUCUGAGCCCCCGCUUCCCCAAGGUGCCGAGAUGGAGAAAAUGCUACCUGCCCAAGAAGCUGCCAAAAUCUACCACACUAACUAUGUCAGGAACUCUCGGGCGAUCGGAGUGCUGUGGGCGAUCUUCACGAUCUGCUUUGCCAUUAUCACUGUGGUCUGUUUCAUCCAGCCCUACUGGAUUGGGGACAGCGUGAACACACCACAAGCAGGGUACUUCGGGCUGUUCCAUUACUGCAUCGGCAACGCCCUAACAUCCGAGCUCACCUGCAAGGGGAGCGCUCUGGACUUCGGCUCCAUCCCGUCGGGGGCUUUCAAGACAGCAAUGUUCUUCGUAGGGAUCUCGAUGCUGCUGAUCGUGGGCUGCAUCGUCUGCUUCUCCCUCUUCUUCUUCUGCAACGCCGCGACAGUGUAUAAGAUAUGCGCCUGGAUGCAGCUCGCAUCAGCAGCUGGGCUGGUGAUGGGCUGCAUGAUCUACCCGGACGGCUGGGACUCGGCCGAAGUGAAGCGGAUGUGCGGCGACAAGACGGACAAGUACACCCUGGGCGCCUGCACCGUGCGCUGGGCCUACAUCCUGGCCAUUAUCGCCAUCCUGGACGCCCUCAUCCUCUCCUUCUUGGCCUUCGUGCUGGGCAACCGACAGGACAGCCUGCUCCCGGAGGACUUCCAGGUGGAGAGCAAAGAGGGAGGGCACGCUUAAGUUUGGAAAGCUCUGCGACUUUGUAGCACUUGUCUCCAGCAAUAUGACCCUGAAUCUUGGGCUCAGCUGCAGGGUGCAAAUCUUUGAACUGUUUUUAUUCACUGCAGGGUGAAAGGUUGUUUUUCAUUUUAAGGGUAAUUUUAGUUACAAGAACAAAGACCCCAAAACCCCCUCAAAAAAGGAGGUCAGUUUAGAAGAUAAAUACAUUUUUCAAGAUCACCAAGACAGCGCAGUGACUGGAGGAUUCGUAAUUCCUGGAGACUGCAUCAAAGCAUCCUGGGAGUAUUUCACAAAACUGCUUUUAUGGCUAAGAAGGUCCCAGAAUAGGGUGAUCUGACAACCGGAAUGAACCCUUUAAAAAUUCAAAAGACUCCACCUUGCUGCACACUUCCACACAGAGACAGAAGGGGGGAACAGGGCAAUAGCUCUGAACUUCAACCUCAAAACUUCCCAUCUAAAAGCAAGACAUGAAAACUGCAGUUGUCACCUUCAGAAUUUGCUGUUGUGAAGAAAAAAUAAUGGACAAGAUCCUGAAAACAUUCAACGUGUUUAUACUUGGAACCUCUUUAUUUAAUGUGAAGGGGUCAGUGGAAAUGAUAAAAGGUUUGGUUUUGUGCCUGCCUGGGUGCCCGGGCUACAGGGAGAGUCCACCACCUAUACAUAGCAGGAACUUAAUCAGAACUUCUAAACCAGUGUUUAGUUGUGUGAGUGGGGAUGCUGAAGGAGGCGUCAUCCUUCAGAUGGAAUCUUAAACUGAGGUCCUGACUCCUUGAUCAUGAACAAUUCCUAAAACACCCUUUAUAAGAGUAGUGGUGUUAACUUACUCAAUUCCCUUCUGGGCUUGUACUGUCUGGCCUUUGUAAAGCUUCUUCUUAAUUUAGCCGGUGAAGUAAUUUUUCACUUCUCCCCUUGAUGUGCGGUGGAGUGGGGCAACUGUAGCAGAACAAGAGCCACAUGUGCCCCAGGUGGGUACUGUAACUUAGUGGUUCCUCUCCUAACCCACUUAAAUUUCUAGUGUGUAAACACUGUGAUUAUAAGGCUUAUACUGUAGCUUGGGAGUCUUUAGUUCCAGUUCUGGUGUGUGUUGGUUUUCUAAGCCUCUUCAAAACACAUCUAGAACUGGAAAACAUUGUUUAAUUAGUUCAAUCAAACAAAUUACAAGAUAAUGUAAGCCCUUGAGAAUGGAUUAGGAGUGAAAAUCUGGGCUGAGACUGGAAUUCCAAUUGAGGAGAAUAGAUGCUCCUUAUUAUUUUAGAAUAUUUAUCCACAGUUUUUAAACAUUUUAGUAGACUCAGUUUCUGUUAGUCCUUGCAUUAUUAAAAUGACUGUGUGUUACUCAUUUGACUUUUCCAGCUGUGAUAUUGUUAUAUUGAUCCUCUAAUCCCAACCAAUAGUCUAUUUUCAGUAAAGGCUCAGAUGCAAUAACACACUUGAGAUCAGGAAAUAUGUAUAUUUUCUCCAGUCAAGCAAACCAAACUAUUCAAACAGGUUGAGGCUUGAGGUUGUGGGUUCAAGGCUGCUAACUGUGAGCAGAUCUGCCAAGCAGCAGUUGUCAACAGCUGGAUGUGACCGAGCUACAGCAUCUUUGUACGACUGGGCCUGCGACUUCAGGCUCACUCUGAACACCCCUGCUUGAGGGAAACAAAGCUGUUUGCCUGCACCUGUCAAGAUGCACAAAACUGGCUCCAUAUUGAAGAGGCCAUUGGGUCCUUAGAAUGCAAAUGUCCAGCAAAUGUGCUAACCACUGCCUUUACUGGCCAUCCUUGGCAUGAAAUAGUACAGACUAUUAUGAUUUGAUCCACAGAAAAUUUAGAAUAUAUUACAUUUGUGCAUAAUUUACUGGAAAUUGUGUAAAAUACCAUGUCCCACAUUGUACAACUUAAGGUUAGCACUGCCAGAUGUUACAAACGAGUAGUAGACACUUGUACUUGUAUUGUAGACUCAUAACAUUGAUCAUAUUUGCUUACCUUUGUAAAUUAAUCAUUAACAUUAAAUUUAAUAAACACUUUUCAAAAUUGCAGCCUUUGAUGCCGAAGCCCACUCAACACUUGACCUAGAUCAGGCUGCUCACUAUUCCUACACAGCAUCAUAAAAAAAGGAUCAAACCCUUGUUAUACUUAAAUGUUCACGCUGGUUUGAUUAAACUGUAUAAACACAAAGCUACAAUCUCACGUGUUACAUCAUUAAAAUUCAGUUGCUCUCCAAGUUUUAAGUUACCGGUAAUCCUGCCAAUGAAAGAACCCCUGGCAUUCAGCU